GCGUGGCAGGGCGGGGGGGGGGGGAAGCCCCCGGUGGGGACCGGGGCUGCUCCGGGGCCGGGACCGGGGCGGGGGGUCCCGUUGCCCCCCCCCUGCCGCUUCCAUGCAGGGGAUGGGGAGCCUGCGGCUGGGCAGCCGCGCAGUGAUGUACACGGCCGAGACCCUGCCCAAGGGCAAGAACCGAGUCAUGGGGACUAUCCAAAUCAUGACCGGCUUCAUGCACAUCGGCUUCGGGAUCGUCCUGACGACGCUCACUAAUGUCUACACCUCCGUCUUCGUCAUCGGAGAGAUCCCCUUCCUGGGCGGCGUGUCCUUCAUCAUCUCGGGGUGUCUCUCCAUUGGGGCAGAGAAGAGCCCCACAGAGUGUGCGGUGAAGGGCAGCCAGACCAUGAACGUCAUCAGCGCCAUCUUCGCCCUGCUGGGCAUCGUGGCUUUCAUCGUGGACCUCAACCUCAACGGCCUCUAUCACUCCGGCUACAACUACUACGGCUAUCUGGUCCUGCUCGCAGGGAAUGGGAUCUCCAUCGUGCUGCUCAUCUUCACAUCCUGGAGUUCUGGCAUCGCUGUGGCCACCGCUAACUUCUUGGUGCCGGCCACUCGCCUCAGCUCCAAUGAGUCCAUGCUGAUCGUGCCCAGCACCACGCGGGUAGACCUGGCAGCCCCCAAUCGCUGAGCUGCCCCCAGCCACCCAGCUACACCGAGCUCGCUGCUCCUGAGGUCUAACACGGUGCUGGCCCAUGAGGACACUGGUGCAGGGUCCUGUCUCCAUCCCCAUGCCCUACAGCAUCCUCCUCCCACUGCGCUGCAGGCUGGGAUGUGCUGGUCCCCCCUCCUGAAGCCAGCAAGCACCCUAAAUCCCCCCUUCCCUCCCCAUUGCCUGCCCCUGCUUUAAGCCAUAGGGGGGCUCUUUGCUGGCUGCUUCCCCAGGGGAUGUUUGGGGGCUUCACGGGGUGGUUCUGCCUGUCCCGACCCUGUUGGCUGCUGGGGUUCAUCCACGUUGGGGUUCAGGACCUCCUUGGUGGUCAUGGAGAGACCCCAACGUGUGUGCUGGGAGCCAGAGCAUCUACCUCGGCUCGGACCCCCUUGGCUUCAUUUUCUCUUUGGAAUAAAGGCUCUCUCUGGG